AUGUCAAAGAAGUAUACCAUUCAGGAAGUUACCAAGCACAAGCAAGCCGAUGACUGCUGGAUCAUUGUCGAUGACAAGAUUUACGAUGUUUCCAAGUUCUUGGAUGACCAUCCUGGAGGAAAGAAAGUUUUGUUAAAGGCAGCUGGUACUGAUGCCACCAAGCAAUUCCAUGCUUUCCAUUCCCCUUCUGUUUUAACCAAGAUUGGUGCUAAAUAUCUCAUUGGCGAAGUCGGUGUUGAGACAGCAGAUGUUCCUGAUACUGACGAUGUCGUUGACCAAAACCCUCUUCAAGUAGGUGAGACCUAUGGUGACAUGGUGCCUUUUGGUGAUCCCAUGUGGUAUCAAGAUUGGUACAGUCCUUACUACAGCGACUCUCACCGUGCUGUCAGACAAGCUGUACGUGAAUUUGUUGAACGUGAGAUCAUGCCCAACACUUACGAAUGGGAUGAAUCCAAGGAAAAGAUGUUGCCUCGUGCCAUCUAUGAAAAGGCUGCCAAGGCUGGUAUCCUCGCUGCUUGUGUUGGACAUGUGGAAAGUGAAUAUGUCCCUUAUGCCUUGCCUGGUAAUGUGAAGCCAGAAGAAUUUGAUGCUUUCCAUCACAUUAUUGUAGCUGAUGAAUUGUCUCGUUGUGCCUCUGGUGGUGUCACUUGGGGUCUCAUUGGUGGUCUUGGUAUUGGUCUUCCACCUGUCAUUCACUUUGGAUCCAAGUAUCUCAAAGACAAGGUGGUCAGGGAUUGUUUGGCUGGUACAAAGAAUAUCUGUCUGGCUAUCACGGAACCUUCUGGUGGCUCUGAUGUUGCUGGUCUUUUGACUGAAGCCAAGGAUAUGGGUGAUCACUACCUUGUAAAUGGUGAAAAGAAGUGGAUCACUAAUGGUACCUUUGCUGACUUCAUGACUGUGGCUGUCAGAACUGGUGAAGAAGGCUCUGGUUUCAAUGGCAUUUCACUCUUAUUGAUCGAACGUGACAUGCCUGGUGUUUCUACUAGACAAAUGAACUGCAGUGGUGUAUGGCCUUCUGGUACUGCUUACAUUACAUUUGAAGAUGUGCGUGUACCCAAAGAGAAUCUGAUCGGCAAGGAGAACAAGGGCUUCAAAUACAUUAUGCAAAACUUUGUAUCAGAGAGAAUGGGAAUUAUUAUCCAAGCUACCAGAUUUUCUCGCGUUUGCAUUGAAGAGUCCAUCAAGUAUGCCAACAAGAGAAAGACCUUUGGCAAAAAGUUGAUUGACCAUCCAGUAAUUCGUAACAAGAUUGCUCAUAUGAUCAGACAAGUCGAAGCUACGCAUGCCUGGAUGGAGUCUCUUGCUUAUCAAAGUAUGCACAUGCCCUCCGAAAUUCAAUCUAUCCGUUUGGGUGGUCCCGUUGCUUUAUGUAAAGCUCAAUCUACUCAAACCUUUGAAUACUGUGCCCGAGAAGCUGCUCAAAUCUUUGGUGGUUUAGCAUACACAAGAGGUGGUCAAGGUGAAAAGAUCGAGCGAUUGUACAGAGAAGUCAGAGCUUAUGCAAUUCCAGGCGGCUCAGAGGAAAUCAUGCUUGAUCUCGGUGUCAGACAGUCAGUUAAAGUUGCUGCUUUUAUGGGUGCUAAAUUGUAA